AUGGCUUUUCCUUUAGAACUUCUCACAUUACAAAAACUUGCGUUACGCCUUGCCGGACGCGUGCUCGAGGCAGCUGUCUCUUCGUUCACUCUGUUCAAACGAACAGAAUUCUCCGACGACUCAGCUGUUUUGUCGUCGGAGCCUCGCCCUUAUGCUUCACUAGUGCAAGUGCCUGCCCAUUCUGUUAUCGACUCGAUCAAGGAGCGACUGCCAGUUAUCAAAUACAGUAACUUCCUUGAGAGGCCAGAAGGUCGUCGAUGGGAUGAUUCAUCUACCUCCCUGUGUGCUGUGUGUUUAGCACUCGUGAAUGGUAGCGAUGAGGUCAGGGAGUUGUGCAGCUGCUAUCAUGUUUUUCACAUAGAGUGCCUUGAUGGUUGGGUCGAUCAAGGCCGAACCACUUGCCCUUUGUGCCGGUCCAAGCUGUGGCCUGACCUGAAUUAUGGCAAGUCCAAAGGCAGCGGCGGAGAUCCAUGGAGGAGUGAGAGGAUGAUUUACUUGUUUGGGGAAGAUCGAUGUUUUCUGUAG